AUGGCCAACAGAAACGGCAACAACACCGGCAACAGCAAUGAUAAGCCGAGCGACCCUCCUCCCGACUUCAGCGUACUCCCACCUCGCAAGAAGCUGCCUAAGGCGCUGCAAGAGACUCUAGAUAAUGAGGAGAAGCUAUGGGACGUCUUGUAUGAGGGAACAGCAGAAGACUCCACCGAAUCGCCUAUCCGUUAUGCCGCAUACGCAUCCCGCAUCCGAACCAUCAUGCUCAGCGCCCACCGCUAUGUCGCGUACACAUCUGACAUCGGCGAGUCGUUCCGGCCGGUUGCGCAUCCGUGGCUUGUUCGCAGCGCAUAUGGUAUAUCGUGGUUGUAUCUCGCGGGCGACGUUUCAUAUGAAGGAUAUAAAGCAUACUUGCGGAACCAAAGGGUUCUGCAUCCGGAGCACCAUGCCGCAGAAGUGAACGUUCCUACCACCAACACCACCAGCACGAGCAGCAACAGCAGUAGCCACAUAAACAAAGGAGUCUCUGCAUUACAGAAAAUGGGCGAAGGACUGGGCGUGAAGCCUGGCGCAGGGAACCCUCUCACUCGUGGGGAAGUGGUUCCGCGACGUGUCUCUGCCAUUGAGGAUUACAGGACAGUGAUGGCGCAGAGAGCAGUGUUCCAGGCGGUGGCUAGUAUGGGGUUGCCGGCGUUUACGAUUCAUAGUAUUGUGAGGUAUUCGGGGCGUGCUAUGAAGGAUGUCAAGAAUAAGACGUUGAGGACCUGGGGGCCUAUUGGGCUUGGUCUAGCGGCCGUUCCGUUCCUGCCGUACGUGUUCGAUGAGCCGAUCGAGAAGGCUACGGAAUGGGUAUUCUAUAAUGCUUUCAGGGCGAUUGGAGGCGAGAAGGCGGUGGAGGGGCGGUCGCCAACGGGUCACCAUCAUCGGGAAGCGGUCAAGGAGAAAGAGUUAUAG